AUGGCGACCGUCCUCACCAGCCUGGCGGUGCCCCCGCCCACUUCCCUCGCCCAAGACAAGCAACAUUCCGAGCAACAAAACUCGAGUAGCCUGUCCUCGUCUCCCCGCCAAUUUCCGACCGACCUUACUUCUCCCAUCCUCGAAGAAGUCGACGAGUCCGAAAGCGAAACGCCGAAUGAACCUGUGACCCCCAUCAGCAGCGGGAGACAGUCCCAGGAGUUUACCACCCGCCCCAGUCAAGACCAUCACGACACCAAUCUCACUACCGAAAACCAAUCCGCCCAUCAGGUGCAGACCGCGCCGAAGCCUCUCUUGGUCAACACCGCACCCACCCCCACGGUUUCGCCCGCAAACUCGGCCGCAACACCAAAGCCCGCCAACCCUCCAGCUUCAGCUGAUCCUGCCGCUGACCAAGAACCGCCACCGACACCGCUGCAAAGACGACCCACUCGAGGUUCGACUACCAGCUUUAAGCGGACCAUGUCCAACAUCUUCCGCAGGUCCAACUCGUCCAUCAACAGACCCGAAUUCGACUUCUUAGCCCAAGCCAACGACGCUUCCGAAAGUGCAGUGAUUGACUCGACACCUGCCAAGAGCGGUGGCAGACGCUUCUCGAUGAACAGAUCAAGCAACACCACGAGGUCCAACACGCCUCCGUCGCCGGGCUCGCCCGUCGACACUGCCUCUUCCUACAAGGAAGCGUCGACUAUGCCUUCUCAGGAUGACUUCAAGAAGAAGAACAGAGCCUCGACCGGCUUCACUAGCCUGCGCGGUCGGGCUGUCAACUUUGUCGGCGCCAAUGUUCCUGGACGAGAGAAACACGCGGCAAAGAAGCCGCUUCCUCUGGGAAGGAGACGCGCCAGCAGUUUCGAAGGUCGCCUGGAAAGCCGUCACCUUGCGCCUGCAACCGACAACCAUUUUAAGAACCCCGUUUUACCCAUGCAAGGGUCCUCCCCCUGGGCUCAAAUGCCUGACGCUGGUGUCGGCGUCAAGGCCCGUCGCAUGAGCUUGAGUCUCCCGGAUGACUUCCAGGUUGACGUCGCCGAGCUUCUCUCUGAAUACGAGUAUCAGCACAAGCUGCUUGGUCGUCACGGCAAGCACCUCGGCAAGGGCGCCACUUCCAAGGUGACCAUGAUGUGCCGGAAGGGAUGCCCGAAUGAGCUCUACGCAGUCAAGGAGUUCAGAGCCAAGAGAAAGAAGGAGACGGAGGACGAGUAUGUCAAGAAGAUCAAGUCGGAAUUCAGCAUCGCCAAGAGCUUGCACCACCCCAACAUCGUCGAGACGGUCCGACUCUGCACUGAUCACGGCCGCUGGAACCACGUCAUGGAGUACUGCUCAGAGGGCGACCUCUACGGACUCAUCGCCAAGCGUUAUUUGACAGACCCCGCGAGACAAAACGACCGUUUGUGCUUGUUCAAGCAGCUCGUCCAGGGCGUCAACUACCUUCACAGCAAUGGUAUUGCCCACCGCGACAUCAAGCUCGAGAACCUCCUCAUCACCAAGGACAGCAAGCUGAAGAUCACCGACUUUGGAGUAUCAGAAGUAUUCACUGGCCAUCACCCCGGCUUCCGGGAAGCUGGUGGACAGUGUGGCAAGGGCAUGGGUACUGAGAUUCGCCUGUGCAAGCCCGGCAUGUGCGGUAGCGAGCCGUACACGGCACCCGAGGUCAUUCUCAAGGAGGACGAGUACGACCCUCGCGGUCUCGACGUGUGGAGCUCCGCUGUCGUGAUGAUUUACCUCACUUUCGGAGGCAACAUCUGGAAGAGGGCCGACGCCUCCCACGAGGGCUACAGACUGCUGCUCAAGGGAUGGGAGAAGUGGGAGGCCAAGCACCCUGAGCCCGAUGCUCGCAUGACCGAAACAGACUACCCUCACUACCCGGCUUUCGACCUGAUGGUCUCUCCGCCUGCGCUCCGCCGUGUGCUUCUCAUGAUGCUCAACCCCAACCCCACAAAGCGCGCGUCCAUCUCGGAGAUCGCCAACCACCGCUGGGUGAAGAACAUCGAAUGCUGCCAGCUCGAGAGCUACGACGACCCGGCCAAUCUUAUCGACGCUACCAAGAAAGGCAGUGCCCAGCUCAACACUAAGAGGGUGUUCUGCCACAACCACUUGCCACUCGAGAGCCACGGCCACUCACUCGGAAAGAUGCCGGGCCAAACGGGUUAUUGA